AUGGCGACUUUUCAAAACACAUUGCACGUGUCUGAGCAUUCAGCCGACGGAAAAUUGUAUGCUCUUUUGAGCUUCGAUGGCAAACUCAAAAUAUGGAAUACUGAAACUAACGAGUUUCAACGGGAGUUUGUGCCAAACUUUCAUUUAAAUGCACCGUUCACGUGUUUCACGUGGAUCACAGUCGAUGGUACAUUGGGACCACGCAAGACUCCACAAAAGAAGGCUCAACAAUCGACAGAGUAUGUUGCGUUAGGUACGCGAAGCGGAGGCGUCAGUUUGUAUUCAUACAGCAAAAGCGAGAUCGAGUACAAUUUGAAAGGUGAAGGUCAUCAAGGAAGCAUCACUGCGAUUUGCCGUGGCAAAAACAAUGUUUUGUUUACAUGUGGCGAUGAUUGCCGUGUAAUUGUUUGGAGCUUAGAAACCGGUGCACAAAUUUCAUCGUGGGAGAUUGGCAAUGAGAAACCAUCAAGCCUAGUCUAUUUAGCCGAAUCAAAUCGUUUGGUAGUUGCCGGUCGACAAUUGUAUCUAUGGUCGGUUGAGAAUCAAGAACUCGAACAAACCUACACUGGUCACUCGACCAAUGUCACAAUGCUAAAGUAUCUCGUUGUUAAAACGAAGGAAUUCGUAUUGUCCGCAUCGAAAACAGAUCGCAUUCUUACGUUGUGGCGUAUCAAAGCGGCCAAAAAGAGUCCAAAUUCAUACACGUACCUUAUGGAGGAUAUUCCAUACAGUGUUGCUAGCAGAGUCGAAGACGAUCGAUUGGAAAUUGCCGCGGUUACACGUAGUGGUGUGUUGCAUUUCUUUGCAGUGGAUAGUUUGGGCAAGAGUAUUGAACAAGCAUCGAAUAAACCAAUGAAGCCGACGUUGACCAUUGAAAUUGCAAACGAUGUAUCGCAAUUGGUUGAGCCAAUUCCAAUUUGUUCAGUGUCAAUGGAAAUCGGACGUGCACAAAAGAAACUGCAAAUUGGCUACGGAGAUCGUCAAGUGUUGCGCUUCGAAUUGGUUGAACCCGAUUUCAAUGAGCGCCGACAAGUUCUUAUUCGAAGCGGUUCGAAAGCAGUGUCAAACGAUGCAGCCGCCAAAAAACGUACAACAAACGCAUUGAAAACAAUCACGCCGAUUGUCAACUUGGAAAAUGUUGAAUUCCAAUCGAAAGAAGUUGUACCGCGAAAAGGUAACAAAGAAAUACCAAUGGAAACUCGUCUCGAGAAUUUGACAUUCGAUUCACUCGGCCAAAGCAGUGCGGUAGGACGGAACGUUGCCCAAUUGCUGGUUCAAGCACUGCACAGUCACGAUGCCAACCUUUUGCGAAUGGUCUUCUUGAAUAAAGAUGAGCAAAUCAUUCGAGCAACACUCAAACGUCUACCUCCACAGUACAUUUCGAGUUUAAUUACCGAACUCACCGUUUUGGCACAGAAGAAAACCACUCACGUCCACACAUCCAUUCUGUGGCUCAAACAUCUGCUGCAAACACAGUCAAGUCAACUAAUGGCCAUUGGGACAAUUGAACUGUAUGCCACAUUCGGACCGCUGCUGGGAAUUGCUGAACAUCGGGCAAACACAUUCCAACAUUUAACAAAGCUAAGCGGACGACUGGAUUUGUUGGUGAAUCAAAUUAAGCAAAACACAGAUCACGAUAUCAUUGAAGACUCGGAUUUGUUGGUGUACGAAGACAAAGAUUCAUCGGACGAAGAUGGAAUACCACAAGAUGAGGAAUCGUCGGACGAUCAAUGGGAUGAUGAUGCUGCAGAAGAAGAAGAAGAACAAGUCGAGGGCAUGGAAGUGUGCGAGAACGGCGGCAACGACAGCGACAUGGAGAGCGACAUGGACGACGACGAUGAUGACGAAAAUGACGCUGAAGAGGAUGAGAGCGAUGAUGAAUAGUUAUAUACACACAGAAAAUGUUUAUUUUUUAUUAUUGAAAUAAAGAAAUUGAAAAGUAAAAUUGGUAUUAACAAA